AUGAGAAUCCGAGAGUUUAUUCCAAAUUCUGUAGCACCAACUACCACUCUAACGAGUAAAAUUUUGUGUCGGUAUUUUGCAAAUAAUAUCUGUCGCGAAGGUGCUUCAUGUCCGUUUUCUCACGAUCGUAAUUCGAAACCGGAUCGAACGUGCCGUUACUACCUUAUAGGAAAAUGUGAUUUUGGUACUUCUUGCAGAUAUGACCAUAAGCGACCGCCGUUGGAUGGGGUUAAAGCAGUGAAAAGCGUUUCUCGUACGACAGGAAGUCCUAACGCAAUCAAAGUGGUUGAAAAUGGUUGCAGUAAUAGUGAAGGAGUAACAACAGCAGCAACAGUAAACCGAAGCGGUCAUGUGUUUUCCGUGGAUGCAACCGAAUUCAUUCCUUCUUGGAAAGUGUUGGCAUUAAGCGAAGUUAAUACCGUCGCUUCAGGUUCAUUAGGUUCGCUACCAUUAUGUCCAUAUUUUGAAACCGGAGAUUGUGACAAAGGUGACAAGUGUCAGUUCGUACAUGGUGAUGUGUGCGAUCUUUGUAAUGUGCCAUGCUUACAUCCAACAGAUACAGAGCAGCGUGCACAGCAUCGACGCGAAUGUAUAGACGCUCAUGAAGCUGCGAUGGAGGAGGCUUUUGCUGAAGCGCGCUCGGCUGAUAAAAUCUGUGGUAUAUGUAUGGAAAAUAUUAGAGAAAGAAAGAGUCGUUUUGGAAUCCUGGAAGGCUGCAGACAUUGUUUUUGUUUAGACUGUAUUAGGCAGUGGCGCCGAAAUCAGAAUGACCAUUUCGAGAAGAAGACAGUUCGUAGUUGUCCUGAAUGUCGCACUCAUUCAGAUUUCGUCGUUCCCGCCACAUAUUGGGUCGAAGACCAAGCAGAUAAGAAUGACUUGAUUGCUAGAUUUCGUGAGAAUACAAAACGGAAACAGUGCAAAUAUGUGAAAGAAGGGCAUAUCGAUGACUGUCCAUUUGGCAAUAAGUGUUUCUACAAACAUGAACUGCCUGAUGGCACUAUUGUGGAAGGCGAUAGUCCGCGGACUCUUCAAAGACGGAGACGCCCGUUAUAUUCCGAAGUAUGGUCAUUUUCUGAUUCAGACUCGGAAGAUGAUUUUUCGAGAAUUACACAAGGCAUUAUUAGCCAAGCGUUCAAUCUCGUCUAG